AAACCACACUUAUGCACCUACCUACACAUAUAUAAAUAUACAUAUAUUCGUGUUGCUGACUCGUUGAAUCGUAUCUCUAUUACCUCGUUCCUUGGCAGGUCAAAAUUGUAUCUUAAAUUUUGAUGGUACAUUUAUGGUAUUGUGACGUGGCUUUGUGAUUAAUUUCAGGCUGUGAUUACGACGAAUUAUCAACAUAUAACACUGUUUUGAUGAUGUGAGCGAAAGUCUAGUGCAAAACGAAGAGAUCAGAAUUACAAAAAUAUCACUGACAUGCAGACAUGGACACAAAACUUCGGAAAUUCAACUCGACAUAAAAAUGUCGGGAUAAGUAACCAAAGUAACGUCAAAGGAAAAUUUUUAGUUUAGUAAAUUACUAAAUUAUUUUCAACCAGCAAGCAAUAAGCAUCAUGACAUCAACACUUAGUUCGGCCAAGGUGCUUAUGAGCAAGGGCAAAAGAGGAGCUGCUGCAUACAUUCGUGAUCAAUGCAGUAAUGCUGCUACGGUUGAAGGUAGACAACAACAUCUUGAUGAAUUGUUGGAUACUCUGCUCAAUCCUGGAAAAGUUCUAGAUGAUUGGGAAACUAUUGAUUGGUGCAAGUGGCUUAUGGCUGGAGGGAGAACCCCUGAUGAAUUUGCAAAUAUAGUGAGGACUUAUGACAACGCAACAACUUGUGGUUUAGUUUGGACCCCCAAUUUUGUGGCAUAUAGGUGUCGUACAUGUGGUAUAUCACCAUGCAUGGCUCUGUGUACUGAAUGUUUCAAAAAAGGCAAUCAUCAUCGACAUGAUUUUAAUAUGUUUUUAAGCCAAGCUGGAGGUGCUUGUGAUUGUGGUGAUACAUCUGUAAUGAAAGAAAUUGGAUUUUGUGAUCGACAUGGGCCUAAAGCAGCUGUUGAUAAAUCUCCAGCACCUUCAGAUCUUAUGUGUGUAGCAGAAGCAAUGAUGCCACGGAUGAUUCAACGAUUAAUCCAACACUUACGAGAAAAUUGUCGAGUUGGUUCUCCUGAUAUUCGGAGUGCAAUUCAAGAUGCUGAAGCUUAUUUGAUGAUGAUUUUAGAUUUUAAUCAAAUGGGUGCUUUGAUGAGACGUGUUAUGACAUCAGCACUGACUAAUCCUCAAAAAUAUAGCGAACUUAUGGAUCCAUCUAGAUCUUCUGGUAUGGCAGAAUAUGAUAAUUAUUGUAGAGAGAGUCAUGAAAUUUAUCAAACUGCAAUAAGAUCACUACCAAAUCCAGAACCACCUGAUGAAUAUAAAGACUGUCCAUCUUUGCAAGAAGAACUAGUUCAUACUACAUUUCUUGAAGAAUUAAUGUUUUGGACAGUGGCUUACGAAUUUCCACAAAAGCUUGUUUGUCUUCUUCUUAACAUGCUCCCUGAUCCGGAUUACAAAGAAGCAUUAACUAGAGCAUUUGUUCUUCAUUAUAGUAGAAUUGCCAUGAUGUUGGAACGAUCUAAUGAUCCAGAUACCUUAAGCAAUCGUGUUGUUCAUGUGAGUGUUCAGUUAUUCAGUAAUGAGCGUUUAGCUUUAAAAAUGGUGGAUCAAUUGAAACUUCUUCAUGUUAUGGUAAUUAGUUUAAAAUACAUGAUGAGUAAAAUUUUGGUAGAAAAUACUCUUCAUGCACCAAAUAAAAAUUUCCACUUUGUAGUAGAUUGUGCUCGUCCAGUAAUGAAAGAACAUUGUUAUUGGCCUUUAGUGUCUGAUUUAAAUAAUGUUUUAUCACAUACACCGGUAGCAUUAAGAUUUCUUACUGAUGAUGCACUUUUAGAAAUGUGGUUUGAUUUUCUAUCCAUGUUCCAAGGUAUGAAUGUUAACCAACGUGAAAUGGGAGCUCAUGUUGAGUUUGAACCAACAACUUAUUAUGCAGCCUUUAGUGCAGAAUUAGAAGCAAGUGCUUAUCCAAUGUGGGCACUAGUUUCUCAUCUUCGUGGUCGAGAAAGUGCAGCAGUAAGCCGACGAGCUCUAUCAUUUUGCCUUACAGCUUUACAAGAUUGGUUUGAUGCUAUUGGAUUUACAAGCCCUGAUGUUUGUGAUGUUUUACAUGUAUCUUUCCAUAUUCCACUACAUCGUUAUUUUGCUGUUUUUAUGUGUGAGGCAGUUAGACAAAAAGGAGUAACUCUUCAGGAACUAUUACCACCUACGGACAUGCUUCAUUUACUCAUGAUGCAUCCGCUACGUGUACAAGUAGCUUUAUAUGAGAUUUUAAAUGGCCUAUGGGUCCGCAAUGGUCUUCAAAUUAAGGGUCAAGCUAUGACAUAUAUCCAAUGUAAUUUUUGUAACUCUAUGGUUGAUGCUGACUUAUAUUUAUUGCAAAUCUGUGCAACAAAAUUAAAACCCGACGUUAUGCUCAAGACUAUUAUUGAUAAAUUUCAUGUUAAAGAGUGGCUUAGCCUACGUCCAAUUCGAUCACGUCAAAAUAUUCUUCUUAUUGGUGAACAUGAUACUGCAAUGAUGGAAAGUUGCCUUAUAUUUCUUGCUACAUUGAUUAGUGUUCGAACAAAUCUUGGCUUAACUGAUUCUGAAGUAUCUCAUUUAGAAAUGGUAACUCUUUUAUGUAUGAGUGAUAAAACUCACAGUCAAUUGAUGGAUUUGAUGCCAGAACGCUGUGGAACAACUCCUAAUAGGGAUUUUGAGCCAGUUUUAGCUGACGUGGCUCAAUAUCGAGCCCCUAACCUCGAAGCAAGUGGUACAAUGCAGCAAGGAAUGUAUGGACCUAAACCUCGAGUUUGGGAUGAGCUUUACGACCCCUUAUAUGUUCUCUUACGGGCUGUUCAUCGUCGUGAUUAUCAAGUAUCUAUGGAUCGUUAUACAGAGUAUAUUAAACAAUCUGGGAAGCUUAAAAAUUGUUCAAAUCUAUGGCCCCCAUUUCGACAUCCUGCUCCAGUCUCUUCUGAUUACGAUGACCCACGAAUUGUUCUACGAUCACGAGUUUUUCAUGCAAUGGCUUUUGUUAUACUCUAUAAAGCUGUCAACGAUCAUAAUAUCUCUGAACCUAUUGUUGCUUUAACAGUUUAUCUUUUGGAAAUGGCCACUAUAACUGCUGAAAUUCCUAAACAUCAAAGUGCAAAUCCACUUUGCCCGUACACUGGCAGUGGAAGUAUUUCAUGUACCGGACGAGAAACAGAAUUUGGUAGUUGGUAUGAAACUGACAGCUUAAUCGAAAAUUUUAAAACCGUAAUACCAAGAACGACAUUAAUAAAUUCGCCUCCGGAUUUUAGUCCUGAUGUUGGAUCUGAUUGGGAAAUUGGAAGUGACAUAACUGAAGGUUCAUUAAUGUUAAACGACGAAUUCGAUGUAGAAAUAGGAGAACCUCUAGAAGUGUGGGAUUUAGAACCGCUAGGUGCUCCUGACAAUGAGCAUAGAACCCCUACAGCACCAAUGGAAACUGGAUCAUUGCCUGCAUUACCUUCUAAUGACGCAUUGACUGAAUGGGACCUGACUAUUGUACCUGCGGAUGGGGUACCUCAUGGUAAUGUUGAAGAUGACGAGGUGCCAGCUCGUCAAAGAGCUUUACCACCACCUAAUGAGGAAUCCAUGGUCCUUGUUCCCGAAACACAUUCUCCAAGCAACAGAGCUCUAACAACAACAGAACCAACAGUAUUUGCUCAUAUGCCACCAAGAGCAACACCUAGUACUGCCACAGGCAGUGAAGUUGAUCUUCUGCAAGUGAUGUUUCCAAGACUUGGUGCUGCUGGUAUCACUACGACUGAUAUUGUACCUUCCACGUCACAUUGUAAUCAGCAAGUUACUAGUAGAGAAACUCAAGGUAGCCAAAUGUAUUUAACUGGUCCAAAGAGUGGAGAAAGUAUAAUAUCAUUGUUAUUAAAGCUUCACUCACAAUUAUCUGGAAUUCCUGAUAGUUGGAACUUUGAAGAACCAUCAAGUUCAAUGUCUGAUGAAGGAAAUAGUACAGGUAAUGGUAAUUCUGAGUCACGAGUUGGUGAUGGACCAUAUUUUAUUGGUCUUCUACUUCAAAAAAUUGCUCAUCUUGAUCCCAGUUUAAAGCAAAAUAUCUUAGAGACUAAAAAUAAAUUAUGGCCAAAAACAAAUGAUUGUGAAGAUGCUAAACGUGAACGAGAACAUAAAGAGCGAGAAGAAAGAAGGAAAAAAGCAAAAGAGAGACAACAAAAACUAAUGGCUGAAUUUGCUAAUAAACAAAAACAAUUUAUGAAAAAAGCUAUGGAAACUGAAGAAGCUGGAGCAUCAGGUAUGGAUUGGGAUCAAAGUGAAUCAUCGAAUAUUAGUAGUAAAAAAGAAUACGAUUGUGUAAUUUGUAAUCAAACGACUCCAAGUAUGGAGGAUAAACCAAUGGGACUUGUGGUGUUGGUACAAGCAACUAGUGUUGUUGGACAUGAACGACAAGAAACUGAAAGACUGCAAUUACCAACUUCAGACGAAGAUCCGUCCAUAUCUAGAGGAGAGACAAGAGGUGCUUUCUUUAAUUAUUGGUUCGAAGAGAUGCAUCGACAUUUCGAUACAUUUUCCUGGCUAUUGUCAGUUAAUUUGGGAUGGGAAGGAGGAGUUCAUGUACAAACUUGUGGUCAUCAUCUUCAUUUAGAUUGUCUUAAAGCAUAUAGACAAUCAUUGAGAGGUCAACAAAGACAACAGAGUCUUGCAGUUGAAAGAGGGGAGUAUCUUUGUCCUCUUUGUCGUCAACUUGCAAACUCUGUACUCCCUCUAUCACCUCAAUUAGGUGAAUGCUCAGCUAUUGUACGAUCUCGUCAUUCAUCUAGUUCAGCUAUUCUUGCUGAAUUAAAUAAUUUCUUAAAAGAAAUCCAAAGGAAUCCUGUCUCUACCAAUCUUGCCAUGGCUAUGGGAAAAGCUAUGGAAGAAAUAACUGCCUCGACUUAUUUGAAGUAUAAACAGAAGAAUUGUCAGCCUAGUCAUCAAAGUCUUUUUUUAUUUGUUACAUCAGUUGCCAGAACGAAUUUUGAAGUUGAAAUUGUUCAGCGUGGAGGUACUCUUUGUGUUCCACCACCAUCGACUAUUCCCUUGAUGCCAAAACGUGAUUGUAUCGUUGCAUUACUUCAUAUACUUGCAAUGCAUGCAAGAGUGCUUACUACUUGGCCGGUUCAUCAAACUUGGCAACAGCUUUCUGGAUUACCAUUAGACCCAGCUACUCCUCUUGCUGUUACUCCACAUGAACGUGAAGUUCCUUUACUUCUCAGGGAUGCAAUUGCUCUUCUUCUACAAUUUAUUUUGUUACUACCGCUUCAUAUUGACCAGACAUAUUUCUCUACUGUUGUGAAAGUAAUUUAUAAUCUUCUUUAUUAUCAAGUCCUUGUCUACGUAAGCUGUACUAUGACAGAAAGCGAAAGAGAGAACCUGACAAGGUUUCCAUCACGAAAUGAUUCCCCAAUAUCUUCUGAAGCUAUUCUCCGAAGAAUCAUUGAACAUUUAAGACAAGCUGAUUUUUAUGAUGAUAAUCCAACUUCCAGACCGAUAAGAUCUCUUGAACAACAAAUUCAAGCCACUUGUCUACCAUUUCUUCGCGUUGCAGCACUUUUACGACAUCACUUAUAUUCGCAACCACUUCCACACAUCAGAACACCGCAGACUGAAUUUGUAAGAUUAGUUUAUUAUCUUGAGCUUGUAACUGAAGGUAUGGAUUGGGAUUUUUUUAAUGCAGCAGUUGCAUUGAAUUGGCCAGAUGAAAAAUCAAGCCUUGAAGUACCACAAAUGUGGUGUGAUCAGUUUCUCGCUUUUUAUGGAAGAAGCCAAUUAGCAGCUAGAAGACUUAUAGUUGAUCAGCAUAUUUCCUGGCAGACACCAAAGUUACUUAGUCUUCCCAGAGAGUAUGAAAAACUUUUUACGUACUAUCAUGCUAGGCAAUGUCGUAAAUGUCAUUCGGUACCUCCGGAAAUAAGUAUUUGUUUACUAUGUGGGACAAUUGUUUGUCUUAAACAAAAUUGCUGUAAACAACAAAAUGUUGCAGAAGCUGUACAGCAUUCUAUCGACUGCGGUGGAGGUACUGGUAUUUAUCUAGUGGUAACAUCGACGUAUAUAAUAGUAAUACGAGGAAGAAGAGCUUGUUUGUGGGGUUCUCUCUACUUAGAUGAUUUUGAAGAAGAAGAUAAAGAUCUAAAACGCGGUAGACCUUUGUACCUGAGUAACGACAGGUAUCAACUUCUCGAGCAACAGUGGUUAGCCCAUCGUUUCGAUCACACGAAGAAGUCAUGGGUGUGGCAUCGCAAUGCUCUGUGACCCCUGUCGUCAAACUUGUUUGAAUUAAUGCGUCUUCUACAAUGAAGUAAUUGGUGAGAGUAUUUGUUUAAAAUAUUUUCAUCGCGGUGAUACUAAUUAUUUUGUUGGACUCGGUCAUAAAUAAAGACACUCAAUAAAUUUACAUGAGCAUAAUGUAAAUGAUGAAUUGUAAAUUCAAAUGGUAUACAGAAUGUAAAAAAAUGGGUAUAAUUAUAUUUAUUAAAAAUUAAUACAUUUUAUUAAGUAAUUAAAUUGAAUAAUAAAUAAUAAAAUUUAAAAAACUAAAAAUGGCCGAGAAAAUAAAAUAAAUGAUACUAUUUUUUCAGCCAUGAAAUUUUGAUUGGAUGUGAUUCUAAUAGACAAUAGAUUUAAAUAAGUUUGAUUUCAAUGAAGAAAGAAACUAGUUUUUUGUGAGGUAUAAUCCACUUUAUUAUGGAGAUUAAUAAAAACAAUUACAAAUUGUUACUGUUUGGAAUCAUUGAAGAAUCUCUUAGCAUCUCGAAAGAAGACAAAUGUUAAAUUAUUUUUUCUUAUUUUGAGUUUUUUUUAAAUAUUAUUGAAAGCGAAAAAUAUUGAAAAAUCUGUUCAUUAUUUAUCUUGUUUUUUUUUCUUAAAACAUAUUCUCUGUAAAUAUGUAAUGCAAUAUUUUUGAAUCUUUAAAUUGUAAUAGAAAUAAAUGAAAGAAUGAUAUAGCGUGAUAUAAUGAAAUGAAUGUAAAAAAAAAGAAUAAAUAAAUAUACUGUGAGUGUUUUGUAUAUAAAUAGUUAAUGUGAUACAUAAUAUUUUCAUGAAUGUAGGUUUACUCAUUAUGUGACUGUUUUAUUUUGCAGUAAUCGUAAACUCAAAUCAUACGUAAACAUUAAUAAAGAAUCAAAUAUUUAAAUGAACGAAACAUUAAUUCGAUAAUUAUAGUAGUAAAAGAGAGUGAGAGUAAAUUACGAUCAAUAAGAGUUAAGAAUUAAGUAUAAACUGAUAAAUUUUACUGUAAGAAAUACCUAAGGAUUAUACUAAAAUCUCUAAAAA